AUGGACGGACUAUGGAUGUUGGUUCAACCCCCAGCAAACCAACCCGUACUUCCCGUAAUCCCUAGAGAUGCAUACUACCCCGAGCUCCCUGUAGCAUACAACCCUAUCCCACCGGUCGAGGAGGCACCAAUACAACAGGAGGAGAUCGAGAUCGAAGAAAAUCCUGAGGAGGACAUGGAAGAGGAUCCCGAAGAAGACCCGGAGGAGGACAUCGAAGUGGAUCCCGAGGAAGAGCCCGAGGAAGAUAUGGAUGAGGAAGAUAAUGACGAAGUGAUCAUGAUAACUGAAUCAGAAUCAUCUGUCACACCUCCAUCCACCCCAAUUCACUCUUUCACUACAGCUCCAAGUCGAUGUCCCAAGAGAAAUGCCAGGAUGUCAGUCCCAGAUCGAAGACCCACAACGCUGAGGCAAAGCAAUAGGUUUUCCCACACCUAA